CUUGCCUUCUGGUACGACCACUGUACCGCUUUGCUCCUCAAAAACCGCAAAACUGACAGGCUAGGCCUCGUCACCACCUCCUCCAAACUAUAUGAAGAUGCCCAAUUCACUUAUGACAGAUUCAAGCUGUAUUCCCAGCACCUCGAGAACCAAAGCGCUGGCGGCCAUUUUCUCGAAGCUCUAGUAGCUGCAAUUGAUACUUUCAGAGACAAAAUCCACCUCAAGUACUUACGGCACUUGAUCGUCAUCACCAAUGCCAAAGACUCACUCGACUUCGACAUAGACUUGGAGGAGACCACCAAGCUCAUCAACCAGUAUGGCAUUAAAGUGAUUUUUACGGGGGAUUUCGACGAUUCGAGCAAGACAUUCUACGGCUGGAAACGGUUGUUGGCCCAAUGGGAUCACUCUCGGAUCGUGCAUUCUAAAGAGUUGCACAGGACCAUUGCUCAGUCUGUAGCAUUGCGGAAAGUGGCACCCAGAGCCACAUUCACUGGCUGUCUAAGAUUUGCCGUUGACGUUGAAGCAGACACCUUAAACCAAGAUAACUCGGCUAUAAAAAUCGACAUUCAGCUGUACCCAGCCAUCAAAGUGGAAAAGACGUCUUCAUCCCACGAGUACGUGUUUGAUGAUGAAACCAAGACCAUUCGGGGCCUACAAAGAACCACUACCCAUUUCAUUAAGAAGUACACUCGCGAUGGCCCCCAGGAUUUAUUGGGGGAAGAAAAUGAUUCUGACAAUGAGGACUACAACAAAGAGGUUAUCUCUGAUUACGUCCCGGGGUUCAAGUACUCAAAAAGAGAUAUCAUUGCUGUCAAUAAAGAGUUGGCAGAAGUGUCCCAGUUACCUACCUCGCCAGGAAUGGACAUUCUUGGAUUCGUUAAGAAGCAACACAUCUCCCUUGCCUACCUUGUUGAUGAAUCUUCAUACAUUAUACCACCCAGCAACAGCUCGAAUAUCAACCUGGUGUCAUUCAAUGCGUUAGUCCGGUCGUUGAUUGAUAUGGAUGGUGUUGCAUUGGCAAGGUACGUUUCUAAGGAGAACUCCGAGGUCCAGGUUUGUGCAUUGUUUCCUCUGAAAUUCCAAUUGAAAGAAAAUUCUCGAUAUGGUUUGGUUUCUAUCCGGUUGGCUUUCAAAGAGGAUGAGAAAAUGGGAAGGUUUCCAUCAUUGACCAAGGACUACACCAGUGCAAACAAUGACGACGACGACAAGGAAGAUGAAGACGAGGAGGAAACUGGAGAGGAUGGAGCAAAAUUCUCCAACGAGAAAAAGAGAGCAUUGCCAUCCUCUGAAGCCAACGUAUUGAUGGAAGAGUUCAUCAAAGCGAGGGAUUUGGAUGAAGCGCCUGGUGCAGAUUCAUUCACUCACGUUCUUGAUAACCAAAAACUCGGACUCAUUGAUACCGAGUUUUUGAACCUUCCUAAAACCGUUAAAGGCGAUCCAGAUACUAAAUUAAUGCCAACAUGUCCAGCCACCAAGAAGACCCAGAGAUAUCUAAAGCAGAUAUUGAGCACCUCAGUAAAUAAGGAGUCGUUGGAAGCAUUCCUCAACGAAGAGAAGUUUGUGGAGAAAUAUUUGGUGGAAGAGGGAGAGACAAACCUUUUCAACUAUAACAAUAUAUUGACAGGAAACACCGUAGGUGCUGAAAAUUGGCUCACCGGAAUGAAUUCAAAAUCAGCACCCUUGGUGAAGAAGCUCAUCACAACGCUUGACUCGAGGUACUUGAAAAGAAAUCCCGAAGCCAAGAAAAGAAAG